AUGGCCAAAAAGGUCUUGUACGCAGUAGGGCUGUUGAUCAAAACCGUGCUGUUAUGCUGUACAGCUGCACAGCAAUGGGAGGCUACGGGCCAGCCGGAAGUUUCCAAAUUUGGGAUGAUGCUACAACGCCACAUCUUCAAGAGGAUCACGGGGGCUGGUCUUUCAGAUGUGUGCUUGCGGGGAUGCUAUGCUGACGUCAGAUGUCAAAGUUUCAACUAUGUCUUUACGCAAGACAUUUGUGAGCUGAGCAACCGAACCAAGGAGGCCAGACCAGAGGAUUAUGUUCCGAACCCUGAGAGAUUUUACUUUAAGCGAGAUUACAAAAGAGGUUUGUACAUUUUUGACUGUCUUCUUCCCUAUAAAGACAUUUUCAGAAUACAAAAUUUCAACCCAAAUUUUCUAGGGAAUUUUAUAAAUUUAAUUUCACCUCCCUUAUUGCCUUAAGUCAAGUCGCCCUCAAUAUGAGUGUCUUCGUUCCCAAGACGAACAUGAAAUCUUGCUUACUUGGAGUGCCAUGGUAAUAAUUGUUCUUUUCUUCCAGUUCUUCUCGGUUCCAUUCCUGAGCUGCCUGCGGAGACUUGCCAGGAAAUCAAAAUGAGCGAAGGAGGACAAGCGGUCAGCGGAAAAUACUGGUUUCACUCGAUUGUACCCGAGAGGACUGUUCUGGCUCCUUGUGACAUGAAAACCGAAGGUGAAUUUAAGUGUUCAUCAAUUCACAUCUUCUACAGACAAAAAUCGAUUUACCACGAGCAAAAGCGUUGACAGAGAUGUUAUGGGUAGACUGCAACCCCCUAACCCCCCUCUCCCACCCCAAUAUUCAUAGGGGGAAAUGAGAAAAUAAAGCAAAACAAAAUAAAAAUAGUAAGAUAUCUGACGGAAACAAAGCUAUGAAGGAAUGCUAUAAUCUCUCUUAAACUGAUCGAUUUGAGAACAGGUCAAAUAGAAUUGAAAAAUUUCUUUUUUGACACAGAGAUAAUAAUUCAAUGGCAAAUUGUUAUUACAACUUUAUAGUGACGAAAUUUAACGAAUAGGGAAGGGGAAAUUUUACUUCCUGAUGGGGUCGUACAGAGUAAAAUUUUGGCUCCCGCCGGAAGCAAUUGGUCUGAUGAAUCCAUGAAUGAGUAAUACUUCAACAAGUGCCUAUUUUUUUCCUUUUAAACCGACCACAAACUAUUUGGUUUUUUCAGACGUGGACGAGUGUAAUUCAACAAUUCCCGUGUGUGACGCCAACGCCGAGUGCACGAACACCAUCGGUUCUCACAGUUGCUCGUGCAAAGCUGGUUUUACUGGAAACGGAAAAAAAUGUGUCGGUAAGUUAGUGAAAUGACUUUUACUAUUGCCUGAAGCAAGUCAUUUUAGAAAAAGCAAAACCAAAACAAUCCCGGUUUAAUCUGGACACUCGAUUGAAAAAAAAUUGCUUUAAUAAAAGAUUGGAAUUAUACCCCUCACCAUGCAUGUCACGUUCAAUUGAUUAUACGGCGAGACGCUUUCGCCAAUAACCGUCAUUUUCGAUCGACUCUUACUCUUGAGUUCAAGCCAUUUAGUUUUUUAUGCAUUCUCUCAGAUGUCGACGAAAUAAAUCGCAUGACUGUGACGUCAAUGCCUACUGCAACAAUACCGUUGGUUCCUAUCGAUGCACCUGCAAUUCCUGGUACCAAGGAAACGGAACAAGCUGCUAUUUUCGUGAGUUUUAAUUUACUAACAUUGAGAUACGAGUGACCUCAGUUUGUUAUGAUACUCGUAUUUCGCAUUCUCUAUCUUUCUGUAUCGUCAUAUGAAGCUUACAAUUUUGGAAAUAUAUUUUUAACAUGAGUCGGUCCUUAAUCGAGACCAAGAUGAAAUUCGUCCUGAAAACGGGCUGCAUUAUGACUCCUUACUCCCUAGCACCAGUACAGAUAUUCUCCUCGCUGUUCUCUAUGCGUACCGUGUGGUGCUGCCAAGGGAAUUUGUUUGACAAUCAACAGCUUUAUAACUUGAUGAUUAUUUCCUUUAUUCCCAUAAAUCUGAUGUUUGGUUCGGCAGUAAGACGGUAAGGAUAAAUUAAAUGCCAAUCCUUCUUGGGGGUUAAAGGGUUGAAGAAUACGUCUCACUUGGCGCCUAACUGACCACCCCCCACCCCCUCCUCAAAAAAGAAACAGUUUCAUUGAUCUUUACAGUUUGUUGCUUACAACUAUGUCGAACUUUCUAUCUUGAUCAGCCGAAUCACUCAGAACUUUUUCCAUAGUCAAAAAAGCUGCAGAAAUGUUAACGUGAAUUUUUUUGACUAAUUGAAAGUUUCAAAAUGCGAUUAAUUUUAGUAGCCAUUAUUCUCUUUGGUAAUUCCUCAAUAGGCAGGUACAACAACAGGAUAAUAGUACAUAAGUAAAUAGUAAAUAGUAAAUAAGAUCCUUACCACCUGUUAAUAAGGUCGGACAGCACUUCCUUCGGUACCAGCUGCUUUUUCGUGAGUUUAACUAACGUUGAGGCAUGAGCGAUUAGUUUGUUUUGAUACUCGCAUUUCGCAUUCUCUAUCUUUCCUUAUCGUUAUGUGAAGCUUAUAAUCCUUUGGAAAUUAGAUCUCGAAUAUAUAUACUUUUUUAACAAGAGUCGGUCCUGAUACGGGACCAAGAUGGAAUUCGUCCUUUAUUCUUAUGAUCCUGUUGAUCAUGAUUUUGUUCGGCUGUAAUAGGGUAAGGAGGAAAUAAAAGCCAAUCCCUCUUAGGGGUUAAAGGGUUGAAUUGAAGAAUACAUCUCGCUUAGCGCCUUACUUACCCUCCCCCCCCCGCUUAAAAAAUAACAGAAUCAUUGAUCUUUGAAGUCUGCUUCUCACAACUAUGUCGAACUUUCUGACUUGAUCAACCUUAAUUAUUUUUUUUUUCAUUAUCAUCAUGUUUUUAUCUCGUGGUUUCCUUUAAUUCUAAGAAAGCAUUGAUUGGCGCAAACAACGAGGCGAGAUAUAAUAACGUGUACUGGGUUUAGAAAUCUGAAAUGUCACACAAACACGCUUUCAUUGUGUUAACACGUCUGAAAGGGAGACAACGUUUCCAUAAGUGUACCUCUAGUUCACACGGGGUUGGAAAUACACGUUGUGCCUCAGAUUGAUGUGCGUCACACAACGGUUGUCACGCUGUAAUUCGUAAAGAUGAAAAAGCGAAAUGUAGACAUUACCACCACCAGGAUGACGAAUGCAACAUAACGUGAAAACGGUCGGUAGGGCAAUCCUUACCUUUUCUCUCUUUUUCGGUUUUUCGUAUAGGUGGCCUUAAUAAUUCCGUUAUUCUUACCAGCCUCGACUACACCAACUACACAGGUAAGCUACUUUCCUACCUAGAGCCAGUCCUCCUGAGUUCAGAGUGGAGCAGGUUUGUGAAGUGUUGGCAUGCUAAGACAGAAGGCUGGGCGGCAUCGACAUUCCACAGCAACUGUGAUGGGAGGGGACCCACAGUAACAAUCAUCAAAGCGAACGAUUCCAUAUUUGGUGGAUAUACUGAUGUGUCCUGGGGACAAAGCGGUGAGUACGUUUUUGAAUAAUAAAAUUUAUAUCACUUUUGUAUCAUACAGUAACAUUUGAUAAAUUUAGGAUCUAAAUAUAUUUUCUUUCUAAACUGCACUUAAUAAGCGUCCCAAAGCCAAAACCAAGGUCAUUAAAACGGACCAGUCAAAGAACCAGAACAAAAGCUGCGCGAGGCGCGAGAAAAACGCCAUAUACCAAGUCACACCUGGUAUAAGACUGAUUGACGUAUCUCAGUACCUAUAUCAGAAGCCCCUCUUCUCUUCCCCCUUUAGGACCUCUUGGUGCGUGGUAAUGUUUCUAUACGGCUCCACUAUAACCCUGCAAGUUGCUCACGCUAAUAAGACUCUCAUAAGGGUUGGUUAACCGCCACAGCGAGCUUAUAGAAGCUUCAAAAUUGGCUGCAGCCGUACCCACCUUUAUUAACUUACACUUGACCACUCCUUCGUAGAUCAUCCCAUUUUCGUUUUGAAAGAUCAUCCCACGGUCACUAUGUUUUCGUCUGGUUUUUAAGUUUUGAAAGACCUCAAAGGAAUUGUAGGAUGGUCGAUAACAACAAUGAUUAGUAGAACUUAACGACGGUCAAUAUACUGAAUAUGGGAACAAAAAUAUUCACAUAAACAUUUCGUUUUAAUCCGACAUUGGCGAAACGUUCAGAAACACUUAAAACCCUGUCGUAAAGAUUCUAAAACGUUGCAUGCGCUGAUCAUAUACAGCAGCGAAAUACUAUUCAGGUUAUGGUGGCGGCAGUGCUAAGUGAAUUGUAUCUCAGUUCAGGGAUAUCAGUGCUCAUCGACUAAAUUAGGGAAAAAAUUGAUCUAGAUGCCAUGUUUUGCCAUGAAAUUGAAUCGCUAAGUCGGGCUAAAGCAGACAGUUUAACCUAGCUAAACUGAACUUUUGGUUUUUGCUUUUGGUUUCCCAGUUUUACACCCACUUAAGAAAAAUGUGUUCUCGUGAAAUUUAGUUGAUGUGUUUACAAAAUAAAUGUACAAGGAAAUAUUUAAGUUUAAAUGGGAUCACAUGGUUAGCACCUCGUUCUGUGAAUAAGAAGAUCUGGGGCUCUAAUUAUUUUGAAAUACUUUCACGGUUGUGAAAGACGAAUAACAUCUUUCUUUAUUCUAGAACGUCUGUGAUGGAAAUUUACAUUCAAGUUUCUUUUACGCACAUAGGUGGCCUUGGUGCAUCUACUAUACUUGAAGGCCUGGACCCCAAUGAAUACUUGGGAAAGAUGAUUUCAUUUUUAGACCCAGUUCUUCCCAGUGCAUCCCGUACUGACUUUAUUAAGUGUUGGCAUGCUAAGACUGACGGCUGGGCGGCAUCGAAAUUCCACAGCAACUGCGAUGGGAGGGGACCCACAGUGACAAUCAUCAAAAUGAACGAUUCCAUAUUUGGUGGAUAUACUGAUGUGUCCUGGAGCGGAGGCAGGCAUAUCAAAUUUUUUAAGAAGGGACAAGACAAUUAUAUAGGAUCAACUAUCCUUCCUCUCCGUCCUUUAAGGAUUUAAGGGGGGGAGGGUGGAGAGGGUGCUGGUGGAAAUAUUAAACGAUGCUCCUUUGAUACUAGCUCUAAGCCUUUAUUUUUUCAUAUUAGUGUUUUGGCCAUCAAGAUUUCUUCACACCAGUGUCGUCUAUAGAAAUGUUUUCUAUGUGAUACACCUGCAGAACAACAUUACAUCCUAAAACAUUUGCUUCAAGUCUCAAAAAUAUUUACUCGCUUUUCUCCAAAGUAACCCCUAAAAUCUUCCAUAAUUGUUUUUGGUACUCGUUUCUAUACCCAAACUAAUAAAAUAUCUUCCUCCCCUUCACAAAUCUCUAGUCUGAGAAAAAACUCUUCGUCUUGCUCAUGGUGGAAAAUAAACUCCCCACCCCUCUCCCUCCACAGGGGGUUUAUGUUUUCUUUCAGCUUUUUAAUGUACGACUACAUUGUUCUUCUAUUUCAGCUGGUUCUUGUGCAGGUCAUUCCUACGCCAGUAAAGCUUUCAUCUUCUCUCUCUAUAACGUUAAAGGAUACAAUCCCGUAAAGUUGACACAAUACCGAAAUCAGCAAUAUGCAAUGUACAGAUGUAACACGCAUGGACCCACCUUUGGGGUUGGGUGUGGUCAUGAUAUCUACAUAUCCGACGACUCUGGAAACAACCAGAACUCCUACACUAGAUGCGGUUGUACGUACACGAAACCCUCAGGGUACUCAACUGGUGACUGUGGAUUUUUUUACAGGGGGGUCUCAUUUCUCUCCAACGGAUGUCGAAGUAUUCUAUGA